AUGAAGUUGACUAGCUUUGCCUUCGCGGCUUGUUUGAGCUUUUCGGGAGUCUCGGCGUCGGUGAAUGGAAUUUUCGGAGCUGGAAUUGGAAGCAGAAGCUCUGAAGUGUUGGGAGAGGUUCGCCGUUCCGGGCAUGAGGUGUUUGAAAAACGCAACAAUACCACGCCAAUUGCAAGCCUUUUGACGCGUUUCCUUGACAGAAGACAGCAGGAAGGUCGAUGUGGAGCAGAGUAUGGAGGGCAGCGAUGCUCUAACAACCAAUGCUGCUCAGGAUAUGGCUACUGCGGUAACGAAUUCGAAUUCUGCGGCGAGAUCGUAGGAUGUCAGCCUCAAUAUGGAAGAUGCGGCGACGCACCACCUCAACCACCAUCAUCCAGCGCACCACCACCCAGCUCAACACCACCGCCUCCACCAUCCUCCUCGUCAGUAGUACCACCAAGCUCAACCGUCGUCCCUCCAUCAAGCACCUCAGUCCUCCCCCCUCUCCCAUCAGGAACCCUCAUCUCCUCCAACGGCCAAUGCGGAAACUCGACUACCUGCGCCGGCUCCCCCUUCGGAAACUGCUGCUCUGAAUGGUACUUCUGCGGUAACUCCGCCGCGUACUGCGGUACGGGCUGCCGCUCUGGCUUCGGCACCUGCGGCGGCGUGCAGCCUCCAGUAUCUUCCUCAGCACCUCCUUCAUCGACCCCAGCACCACCCUCUUCAACUCCCGCACCCCCAUCCUCCACUCCACGUCCUCCGUCUUCAACGCCCAUUCCACCACCCUCGAGCACAUCUUCCGCACGCCCCACGCCAACUAUCCCCGUUAGCACGAACGGCCAGUGCGGCAACGGCGUAUCGUGUCUAGGGUCCGUGUACGGCGACUGCUGCUCAGAUUACUUCUGGUGCGGGAACCAGAAUGACUAUUGUAGUAUCAAUUAUGGAUGCCGGCCGGAAUUCGGGAGGUGCAACACUCCGGGGUCUUGA